AUGAAUUUACCAAUUUAUUUAUUAAAAUAUAUAAUUAGAAUUGCUUGUAAUUAUAUAAAUAAAAUUAGCAAUGAUUAUUCAUUUAAAAAGAAUGAAAUUUGUCAAUUAAAAAAAUCAAUUUCUUUAACUUGUUGGACAUUUUUUAAAACAAUGUCAUUAAAUUUAUCAGUUUUAAUAAUUUGUAAUCAAACAAAUGGAAAUCAAGAAAUUAAAAAAGUUUCAAGAAUUUUGGAUAGUAGUAAUGAAAAACAAAAAUAUCAAUUAUUAAAAAGGGAGAAUAUAACUUCAAUUGGUUUUAUUUAUCAUUAUAUAUUUAAUAAUUUCACAGAUUUGGCAAGUUUAAAUCAAGAGAUACAAUUAUUUGAAAAUUUAAAUAAAAUAGUUAUUGAUAGAUGUGAUUUAAAUGUAAUUAAACAAAUUGAAUUUGGCAAUAUUAAAAUUCAAGAUUAUUAUUUUAGUAAUCAUUCAACUAAUAUUCCAUUUAGUUUAGCAACAAAUGUAAAAGAGAUUGCAAAUUUAUCAAUUGCACCAAAUAAUUUAUCAAAUUUAAUAAUUGACUUUUUCAUGAAAGGUGAUAUUAAAGUUAAAAGAAUUUUAGAAAUUGAUUAUCACAGUCCAUGUCAAAUUCCAUUUGAAGAGUUAUUACCAUCAAAAGCUCUAACAUGUGUAAAAAAUUAUGAUCUUUUAAUUUUAACAAUUAAAGAUUUAUAUUACCUAUUAAAAAAUUCACCAAAUAUAAAACGUUUAUCAUUUUAUAUUUGUUUUGAUAAUUUAAUUUAUCAAUUUACAAAUAAAAAAACAUUACCUUGUAAAUGUAGUGGUGUAAAUGAUGAUGCUGAUGGUGGCACAAAUAUUAAUGAUCAAUAUUUUGAUCAAACUUGGGAGAAUAAUAAUAGUGAUGAUGAAGUUAUUGAUCAAUUUAAAUUUUAUUGGGAUUUUAUUUCAAAUGAAAUUAAAAAUCAUAAAAAAUUAUCAUUUUUAAAGAUUGUUAAUAAAUGUUUAAUUAAUUAUGACUCUGGUAGUAAUUAUCAGAAGGAAUCAUCAUUUCCUGAAGAAUUUAUUGAAAAAUUUUCAUAUCCAUUUAAAAUGAAUAAUUCAAUUAAAACUGUAGUGUUUAAUGGGUUUCAUACACCUGAAAUUUAUGAAAAAAUAAUUAUCAAUGGAAAUAAAUCAAUCUUUAACUAUCAUUCUGAAUUUUUGGAUAAUACUUUUCAAAAAAAGAUUGAAUACAAAGAAUCAAUUGAAAAUCUCUUAUCUAAAAAUCAUCAUAUAAAAUAUUUUUCAUUAAAAGAUAAUAAUAAUUAUUUAUUAAAUUAUUCUAAAAAAAUAAUAAAAUAA